GCAUUUUGUGAAGAAUAUAGCAACAGUCCGAAUUCCGGCGGUUGCUUUUUAUACAAAAUUCAUGCAGGAAUUCCUGAUGAAAUCAAACAGGUUAGAGGAACGUAUGUAGACCCAAGACUUAUAAACUAUAUAGCAAUGUGGGCUUCUCCAAAAUAUUGCAUAGCAGUUGGAAAAAUUAUGGACUCCAUAGACAAGAAAGUUCAUGAGAAAUUAGAUGAAGAAGAACUUGAAGAUACAGUAGAGAAUGCUAAACCUUUGUUCGAACAAGAAGUUAGAAAAAUGCGCGAAAAACAAUUAGAACAUGAACGUGAGAUAUGUUAUGGUUAUAGAGAUUCUCCAUACGAACUAGACCAAUGGGAACAAGAAGAUUUAAAGAGAGAAUUUAGAGAAUAUGAACUCGCUAAGAUAGCAUUAGAAGCUGCAGAAAAGAAGUUAAAAGUUUGGGGUCGUUUUGUACAAAAAUAUUGUGAGUAA